AUGAAUCAUCCUACCUCUUCAUAUCCUAUUGAUGAUGAUCUUGUGAACAAAGCAGUUAACCUUGCGCUUGCUAAAUCCAAACAACCAACAAAAACUGUUAAUGGCUAUCUUCUUUAUAGAAUGAAUUAUUUUAAAAAUAAUCCAGGUAAAAGUAUGAAGUCUCUCUCACCAAUUAUUGAUACUGCAUGGAAGAACGAAUCACCUCAGAUUCGACAACUUUAUCUUGAUACGGCUAAAAAAGUUUAUCAGAAAUAUAAAAGUAUAAAUCAAUCGCGACAACAAUCUCCGCUGCCACAAAUAUUGCCGUUGUCUCGAGUGGUGUCAUCCCAACUGUCGUUGUCGCAAGCAUUAUCAUUACAACAAUCGCAAGUGUUGUCGUUGCAAUCGUCACAUUCACAAUCAGAAAAAAGAAUUUUUCCCUUUUCUGAGCAACAAUUACAGCAAAUGUCGCUACCGUUACAAUCGCCAUAUUCACAGUCAAAAGAAGGAUAUUUUUUCUAUCCUGAACAGCAAUUACAACAGUCUUCUUCGCAAACGUCGCCGCCAUUACAAUCAUCACAUUCACAACCAGAAGCGGGAAGUUUUCCCUUUGCUGAACAACAAUUACAACAGUCCCCUUCACAAACGUUGCCGCCGUUACAAUACUCACAUCCGCAAUUAGAAGCAGAAGAUUUUUCCUUUCCUGAACAAUUACAGCAGUCCACUCCACUAAUGUCGCCGCCAUUACAAUCAUCAUAUUCACAGCCAGAAGCAGGAAGUUUUCCCUUUGCUGAACAACAAUUACAACAGUCCCCUUCGCAAACGUUGCCGCCGUUACAAUCCUCACAUCCACAGUUAGAAGCAGAAGAUUUUUCCUUUCCUGAACAAUUACAGCAGUCCACUCCACUAACGUCGCCGCCAUUACAAUCAUCAUAUUCACAACCAGAAACAAAUAUACCUAGUAUUAUAAACCAAGAGGCAUGUGAAUAUAUAAUUAAUGCAUAUAAAAAUAACACCAACUGCGACUCUAUAAUUUUAGAAUUUCAUCGCCAGAUUCAAGAAGCUUCUCGUUUCUUGGAGUCUUAUCGUGGUUUGCCGAGUCAAAAUAUCUAA